AUGACUCAUCCAGAAGAUCCUCUUUUUCUUUUUGCCUUUUCAGAAGAGCGCAAACUGUUUGUUGGCAUGUUGAGCAAACAGCAAAAUGAGGAAGAUGUUCGACGCCUCUUCGAACCGUUUGGGACUAUCGAAGAAUGCACAAUACUGCGAGACCAAAAUGGGAACAGUAAAGGAUGCGCAUUUGUCAAAUUUUCAACUCAGGCCGAAGCCCAGGCUGCCAUUGUUGCCCUGCAUGGCAGCCAGACAAUGCUGGUAAGUCCUGUUUAG